UCCAUCAUGGCGUCGAUGCAGAAAAGGCUACAAAAGGAAUUAUUAGCCCUGCAAAAUGAUCCACCCCCAGGAAUGACGCUCAAUGAAAAAAGUGUACAGAACACCAUAACACAGUGGAUUGUAGACAUGGAAGGAGCACCUGGCACACUGUAUGAAGGAGAGAAAUUUCAGCUGCUUUUCAAAUUUAGUAGUCGAUAUCCUUUCGAUUCACCUCAGGUAAUGUUCACAGGAGAGAAUAUACCUGUCCACCCUCAUGUGUAUAGCAACGGUCACAUCUGUCUAUCUAUUCUAACGGAAGAUUGGUCGCCAGCCCUCUCAGUGCAAUCAGUUUGUCUUAGCAUUAUCAGCAUGUUGUCCAGCUGCAAAGAAAAGAGACGACCGCCUGAUAACUCCUUUUAUGUAAGAACGUGUAACAAAAAUCCAAAGAAGACAAAAUGGUGGUAUCAUGAUGAUACAUGCUAAUGUACAAACUUUGUAAUAAUCGUAGAAGAAAGAAGUCCUACUGACCUACGUAAAGCACUUUUUAAUCAUUCAGUCUCUGAACUCUGACCUUUGACUGGAACAAUGGACACCAUGCGCUGGAGGCUUGACUGCAUUUCCCCCCUCCCCCGGGCAGUUGGAUGCAUGUUUUAGUCGGUUGUAAUAUAGAGAACGAAAAACAAUGGAACAUUUUGAUGCACCCAAGAUGGAUCGUUUUUGGCAAAAGGGUUGUAAUGCAGCAAGCAAGGUGGAUUUGUAGUGAGAUAAUUAUAUUUCCUGUUUUCAGAUUAUUAUUAUUGUCCAUUUUUUGUUUGUGUGUGGGUGCAUUUUAAGGUCCUUGUGUUGUGCAAUAAUAACUGAUGGAUGCAUGCUUGGGCCUACAAAAGAGAAAUCCAAAUCUAAUCGUUUUCUGGAAGGGAUCUGAACAUCACAACCCCAAGAAAAUGCUUCAUCCGUUUCUUUAAAAAAAAAUAUUAUUAUUAUAUGCACUGUGAAAGUAUCUAGUUAAAAAAGGCACUAUUAGUACAUUAUUCCCAACUUGCAGUUGCGCUGUAAGCAGUCCUCCACUUGUUUAUCAGGUUAAAGGCUUUUUAGUUUGUGACCAUUUUAUCAAGAGUGAACAAUUCAUCUUCCAUUAGAAACUUGGUUGCAGUUCUUCCUGCUGUCGGCCAGAAUGUCGGUACAGAUGGGAAUAAAACAGAUGUGUGAUAUUAGAUCAGACGACCUCAUUGUACAUCUCCUCAUAACGUUGGGCUGAACCUGUGUAGCGUUCGCUAGUCCAGCCUCGAAGAUAUGCAGCGGCCUCUCUCUUCCAUUUAAAGAAUGUCUGCAAGAGAACGUUGUGGCAUGAUCCAUUUUUGUUUGUAAGGUACAUUUAUUUUUUAAUAUCAUGCUUUAAUCUUCUAAAAAUGUCUGAUUUUUAAAUGUCUUGAGUUCUUUUUUGUACUGUUUUUCAACAAACUGAUACUUUGAAAAGGGGAGGGCAGGGUGUUUUUGAUGGGUCAGUAAGUUUUUUGAUUUUUUCUUUUCUUUUUUGUAUUAUUUAAUUUAAAUCUCCGUUCGAUCUCCAUGAUGGUAGUGAAUGACGAAAAGGAGAGUCUUUGUCGAAGUCGUAAAGUCGAGGCUUUUGUGAUUCCCCCUGGUCAGAGUUUUGGCUCAGGUACUUUUUCAAUAAAGAGAUCACCUCUAAAAAGAUACCUAUCAGAUAUUUUAACUAUAUUUUCACCAAAAGAGACUGUUAUGUUGUAAAAUGAUAACAUGUCUGAAACUAUUGUACAUAAGUCUUGAAAUUGUUGGAUGAUGUGAAAGACAUUAGCAGUUGAUGCAUUUACUUUAUAGCAGAAUGAUAAUAGGAGUGCUUUAUUUCAUUGGAGGUUAGUCUGCAUCUUUUGCUAAUUAGGAUGUGUACAGUCAGCAUUAAACACAACUGUUGGUUAAGAAAAAAAGAAAAAACAAGUUGAGUAGUUUUAAAGUGGGGAUGCAUGCAAUUUUAAAACCCUACUCUUUCUUAUUGGCAUCAGACAUUGUGACAGCUACGAGUCUUUCCAUAACUUUAGGUAAUGGUUUAUGGGGUAUUACAAACCCUCACCUCCAGAGACUCUGUGGCUUUUUUUUUGUCAUUUCAGACUGUAAUCACUCCAUUCCUAAAGAAUUGUUUAUCGCCAUCCAGUCAGAGAUACUUGAAUUUUCCAUCUUGGGUUUGUAUUCCAUUUGGGUUUUUUUUUUUUUUUUUCAGGGUCUAGCUGAGUUUCUUGAAUAAACUUGAGUGAAUGUGAUGAUACUCUAUACUGUAGAGGAGAUUACCACGGCACACCGCUAUCUCAAAACUAUAUUGAUAACUUAAAAGACAUCUAUUUAACCAAUGAUUUUUAUUUUCUUUUUCUUUUUUUUGUUAGCUUCAUUGUAAUGGUUUUCUCUGCUGUCACUGUGAUGUGAGGGGAAAGAAAAAAAUAGACGAUGGGACUGAAACGAUUGUGUAAAUGCAGUCACAACAGCAUUCGUGUGGGGACUAAAAACCUUCACCCAGUGAGCAGUAGAUCAGUAGAGAUUUGAAAAAAACUUGCGAGUGAAUAUGUUACAAGGGUUUGGAUGUGACAUGUUCUAUUUUUAUUUUUCUUCCUAGGUUUUUUUUUGCUCUUUUUAAUGUGGUUUGAACUCUUAGCUUGCAGAUUGUUGUGAGUGAUCAACACUAAUGAGGGUGUGUUAUUUAUAUUUGAAAUUUUGUUUUGGGAUGUGCAAGCUCCAUGUAAUAGGUGCCUGUUCAUUUUCAUAAUCAAUAAUAAAAGCAAAGAUUCACUUUUAU